GAAAAGUGACAAGCGAAAGGGGGGUGGUUGAGAAAGUUGAGAGAGGGAGGCAGAGAGUAAAGCCAGCUCCUACCUUUCAAAGCCCUCCGGAAAGGAGAAAAAAAAGUUUGGCUCCAUUAACUCCAUCAGAAAGGCAGAGGUAGAGUGGAGCUCGCAGCCUGAGGGACCGGGAACGCUCCGAGGCACCCCCAAAGCGAGCAGGCGAGAGGUACAUCCCGGGGAGUGGAAGGACCCUGCAUCCCGAGCCUACGGAUAAAUGAUUUAUUGGCUCUGCACAUCCAGAGGAAUGCACGCAGCCAGGCACCCCUGCACCUUCCUACUCACGGUCGCCCUGCUGGAGGCUGCCUUAUGGGGAUACACAGCACAAGGAACUGAUCUGUUCUUUGCUGCUGAUUUAGUGCCCACCUCAUCAUGGAACAUGUCCAGAGACAUAGACAAAGAUAUUUACCUGCAACUUGAUGAGCCCAUGAAUAAUAUUACAACAUCACUGGGUCAGACAGCAGAAUUGCAUUGUAGGGUUUCAGGGAAUCCUACACCUACAAUACGAUGGUUAAAAAAUGAUGCUCCUGUUGUUCAGGAGCCAAGGAGAAUUUCAUUCCGUUCAACUAAUUAUGGAUCGAGGCUACGGAUAAGAAACCUGGACACAACGGACACUGGGUAUUUCCAGUGUGUGGCAACCAAUGGCAGGAAGACUGUGUCUACAACUGGGGUGCUGUUUGUCAAAUUUGGUCCACCACCUACUGCAAGUCCAGGAUCAGUUGAUGAUGAAGAAGAUGGAUACUGCCAACCAUAUAGAGGCAUAGCCUGUGCGCGGUUUAUCCUAAACCAUACCAUUUACGUUGAGUCUCUGCAUAUGCAAGGAGAAAUAGAAAACCAAAUUACAGCGGCAUUCACUAUGAUUGGUACCUCCAGUCACCUCUCAGACAAAUGUUCCCAAUUUGCAAUCCCCUCCUUGUGCCAUUAUGCCUUCCCAUACUGUGAUGAAAAUACCCCCCACUCCUCUCCAAAACCCCGUGAUCUGUGUCGGGAUGAGUGCGAGAUUCUGGAAAAUGUCCUUUGCCAGGCUGAAUACAUAUUUGCCAGAUCCAACCCCAUGAUUCUGAUGAGGUUAAAAUUACCAAACUGUGAAGACCUCCCACUGCCAGAUAGCCCAGAGGCAAGGAAUUGUAUAAGGAUUGGCAUUCCAAUGGAAGAGCCCAUCAAUAAAAACCAUAAGUGCUACAAUAACACAGGAGUAGAUUACCGUGGUACGGUGAGUGCUACAAAAUCUGGCCGACAGUGCCAGCCGUGGAACUCCAACCAUCCCCACACUCACACAUUCAAUGCAAUCCGUUACCCUGAACUCAAUGGAGGCCAUUCUUACUGCAGAAACCCUGGGAAUCAGAGAGAAGCCCCCUGGUGCUUCACCUUGGAUGAAAAUGUCAAGUACGAGCUCUGUGAUAUUCCAGCCUGCGACUCUAAGGACUCAAAGGAAAAGAACAAAAUGGAAAUCCUGUAUAUACUGGUUCCGAGUGUUGCCAUCCCCCUAGCUAUUGCCCUGCUCUUUUUCUUCAUUUGCAUCUGCAGAAAUAAUCAGAAGGCUUCGUCCCCACCAGUGCAAAGGCAACCUAAACAUGUGCGAGGGCAGAAUGUGGAAAUGUCCAUGUUAAAUGCUUACAAACCUAAGAGCAAAGCAAAAGAACUACCUCUUUCUGCAGUAAGAUUUAUGGAAGAGCUCGGGGAGUGUGCAUUUGGAAAGAUUUACAAAGGGCAUCUCUACCUUCCAGGAAUGGAUCAUGCUCAGCUUGUGGCUAUCAAGACACUGAAAGAUUAUAACAAUCCUCAGCAAUGGUCUGACUUUCAGCAAGAGGCAUCACUUAUGACUGAAUUGCAUCAUCCAAAUAUUGUGUGUCUUCUUGGGGUCGUUACACAAGAACAGCCAGUUUGUAUGCUGUUUGAAUUCAUGAACCAAGGAGACCUGCAUGAAUUUCUCAUCAUGAGAUCACCUCAUUCUGAUGUUGGGUGCAGCAGUGAUGAAGAUGGUACUGUUAAAUCGAGCCUUGAUCAUGGGGAUUUCUUACAUAUUGCUAUUCAGAUUGCUGCAGGCAUGGAGUAUCUGUCAAGCCAUUUUUUUGUCCAUAAAGAUCUUGCCGCACGUAACAUAUUAGUUGGUGAACAACUUCAUGUGAAAAUUUCAGACCUUGGGUUGUCAAGAGAAAUAUACUCAUCAGACUACUAUAGAGUUCAAAAUAAAUCUCUUCUUCCAAUUCGAUGGAUGCCACCCGAGGCCAUAAUGUAUGGGAAAUUCUCUACUGAUUCAGAUAUCUGGUCAUAUGGGGUUGUGCUGUGGGAAAUUUUUAGCUUUGGCCUUCAGCCGUAUUAUGGGUUUAGCAACCAAGAAGUUAUAGAAAUGGUCAGAAAAAGGCAGCUUCUUCCAUGUUCAGAAGAUUGCCCACCCAGAAUGUAUAGUUUGAUGACUGAAUGUUGGCAAGAAAUACCAACCAGAAGGCCCAGGUUCAAAGAUAUCCUUGUGAGACUGAGAACAUGGGAAGGAAUUUCUAGUCAUACAAGUUCAACUACACCUUCUGGUGGGAAUGCUACCACUCAAACAACCUCACUAAGUGCAAGCCCAGUAAGCAACCUCAGUAAUCAAAGAUAUCCCAAUUUCCUUUUCUCACCACAAGCCAUGCCACAGGCCCAAAUUGCUGGCUUUAUUGCCCCUCCAUUACCUCAGAAUCAGAGAUUCAUUCCAAUAAAUGGGUACCCAAUUCCACCAGGAUAUGCUGCUUUUCCAACUGCUCACUACCAGCCUCAGGCACCACCAAGAGUGAUUCAGCACUGCCCACCACCAAAGAGUCGAUCCCCAAGUAGUGCCAGUGGAUCUGCAAGCACCGGCCAUGUAACAAGCCUGCCUUCUUCAGGAUCAACCCAGGAUGCAAACAUACCUUUACUGUCGCACAUGUCUGUGCAGAGCCAUACAGGUAGUAUAGGCAUGCCACCUUUCGGAAGCAAAACAAACAAGCCUUACAAAAUGGACUUGAAACAAUCAUCUUUAAUAGAAGACUCAGAUAUUCACGGGCACAAUGAAUCCAUGAUUACUGCAGAGUUGUAACUCUGCAAAACUUUUGUAAAUACUGUAUGCAGUAAAAAUAAGAAAGACACCAAAUUUUAUAUGAAAUAUUUUUAUUGACCUGAAGUCAUUCCAGCUGGUAACAGACAAUUCCUACAAGUAUCUUCUGUGAAGUCAGAAUCUGUGCCUAAAACUGGUGGAAAACCUUCCAGUCUGGAAAGUGGUGUCAAUUUAUCUUGUAUUGAUUGUACAGUGACAGGUUUCACAAUACAGGGAAGAAAGAAGAAUUUGGACAGCAAGGAUUCACUGCAGAUUAAUGUUGUAUUUAGGGUGUGCUAGCGUCAUAUACAUUUAUUUGUCAUCACGUUGACACUAAAACUGCAUAACAUUUUUAUUGCAAACAGAACUGCUUUCACUUAGCCAAAUGUCUGCUGUAAUGAAAGACACCAUGUUUGGCCAGGUGCAAUAACCCCGCCAAUCAGCAGGUAGCAUUUAUUGGUCACCUUGGCAAACUUAGCACCUUUUAUUACAUAUAGGGGAAAGAGUACUACUGAGCUGGAAUCUGCCACAAAAUAUUGGGGAAGUCAUUAAAUAAUGAACUGUAGUUCAUAAGGCUAAAGGGGCACAAGCAGGUUAUCGUCAAAAAUAAAAUUAUUGACACUUGAAACCUGGUGAGGUUUUAAUUUUUGUCAAAAUCCUGCUCUUUCUAACCAAAUUCCUAAAGUUAAUUUAGAUGAAGGUUGAUUUGAGAACAAUAGGGCUGCCAUUAAAAAUCAGUUUAGACCGAUAUUUGCAAUGCAGAAUUAAACAGUGUCCCAGAUUUUCUGUGGAAGAACAUGUCCAGAAUUGGUCCUUUCUUCCAAUUACCUUCCUUUCUCCACCUACUCUCCAGCCCUAUUUUUCUUGCCAGGGACUUUUCUGCGUACCACUGCACAACACUCAGGUAGGUAAAUGGCCAUAACUAAGCACAAUGAAUAAUUUAUAAAUUCACUGAUAAACACAUUUUCAUGGUCAGAAUAAAAUAUUUUCCGUUUUUCUUCUAUGGUUCUAAGAAGAUUUAUUUCUUACCCCUAAUUUUCAAGAGGCCAGAGGAAGCAAUUUAAUACAAUCCCUAAAUGCUAAAAGCAAGUGCCAUGGUUUCAUUUACCUUUUAUUCAGUCAAACUGCAUGUUUAUGAAUGAUACAACGUACCUUUCAUUUAGUUUUAGGCUCAAGGCACAUGGGGGGUUUUCACCCAAUGGUGUGGGGAAUUCUCAUCAGCAGUCAACAACAAUUUCACUGGAAUUCUGAGAAAAAUUCUGAAACAUGGUUUGUGCUGAGACCUUGCAGUUGGGCUGCUUUGGUAAAUGAACCUUACUAUCCACAUUCACAAAGUGCCUAAAGCAAAUGCUGAGUUUUAUCACAGAUAUUAGAGUUUGGGUUUUAGGUUGUACAUCUGAAGAACAAGUCCAUUAAAAUAGUGUGCUUUGUGUGAGCUUUACCUCUCUCGGACAUCUUGAAAGUCUCCAUAAAAUACCCACAAGGUAUGGUAUGUAAAGUAUGGUGACUUGACUGCAGUGUGAUCUUUUUUUGUGGACAUUACUUUCAAGUUCAACUGUUGUUAUUGUCCUGCAGUCAUUGUCAUGGUCACAUUGCCAGGUAUGUGCUGUACUACAUUAAAAGCACUAUUCAUUUCAAAAUCAUUUUUGUAUCCUUGAUAGAAUUAGAGUUGUUGCCUUAGGGUUCCUCAACAUGACAAGCUCUUUUAAUUAGAUCACAAAGAUGCAGUUUAUAUUUUGCGUUGUUACAUUUUUGUGGACACAUUUGGCACCACAUUUGUCCAUGAAUGCAGAGCUAAAAAGUGAAAAAAAUGUUUGCACCUUCUUUUGAAUAAAGAAACAUCCCAUAUAGCUUUUAAAAAGUUAUGGAGGAAUUGUAGUUUUCAGGCAAAGUUAUGCCUUUUACCUAUUUUGUCUUUUUAUUGACCAACCGUCUCGCAAGUGAAGAGGGUUAGAUCCCAUAGUGUCCGUUUCUUAAAUUAUAGCAGGAGAAUUUAGACAAGUAGUUUUAAAUGAUCAUAAUAGUAGUCUUAACAGUGUGGAUCUUGUUGUUGCUAUGCAACUAUAAUAUAAUGUUUCAUUUCAACAUGACAAUCAUUGUUUCAAAGAAUAUUUAUUUGAUUUAGUAUAGAGUUGUAGGAAAUAUGGGAUAUUCCCAACUGACUAUGCUUUUUUAGGCCAUUAACAUUAUGGCUUAUAUGUACAGUAUAGUGUGCAGGAUGAAUCCUAGGGAAAAGAACCCUGUGGCCUGAUAUGGGUUGAUCUUGCUCACAAGUAAAGGAAUCUCAGUGGGUUCAUUCAGAAGACAACAAAAACCCACACGCUUUCUUGGACACUACCCUCCUGAUAUUUUUAAGGGGCUCUUUGUAUGAACAGUAUUGCUUAUGUAGCCAACAAGGACUGUUCAUUUGGAAACCACUUCAACAUUUACAAUAUUUUGUUAAGCUUAUCACACUGUCAAUGUUUAUAUUUAAGUAGUUGUUUAUGGAAUUUACAAAGUUGAAAACAGCUUAUACCUGAAACGACAUUUUUGUAUUGAAUUUAUUUACAAAUCCUUUGCACAAACGUGUUAUGUUUUAUACUGCAGAAGUUAAAAAUACAAAUCUGCAUUUAA